AUGUCUGAAAUGUCGAUUUUUUAUGAAGACCACCCUUAUCGGAAAGAGAAAAUCACGCCAAACUUUGCCCAUCCCUCCACCACUCUAAGCCAAGGGCACUUUAUCUUUCUAACCUCCUACAGACACCAUGAAGAGCCGUUCGGGACUUGUUAUACGCCGGAAACGGGUUCUACAAUUGCUCAUUGUAAAAUGCUAUGUCAGACUGUAUGUGCAAAAGAGGAACAAAACGGAGUCAACUCGAGAGUUACGAGGCGACUGCCAAGCGAUGAGGUGAGACUGACCGUUGGUUCAUACGCCAGCAUUCGCGGUGGCAACAGGCGUUUUAGGCAUUCUACAUACCCCAGCCAGUUCUUCCUAAUCCCAGUGGUGGAGCGACACUCUAAUCGCACCAAGUCAGACAUCAAUCUGUUGCCAAAGUACGAAAAUACCAUUUCUUCCGCCCCGACGAUAGUAUGUGACUAUCGUUGGCUCACUUCUCAUGCCUCCCUUUAG